AUGGGGAACGGUCGGAGCUCGUACCCGCUCAUCGGGGUGCUCCUCCUGGCUGUCGUCGGCUACUUCAACUGGUCUGGCGGCGGCGUCGACCCCUCCCGGCUGCGCAUUCCGAUCCCCUGGCUGCAGCCGCCGAUGAGCUUCGUGGGCCGCAAUGGCACGCGGUUCGUUCUUCUACGGGCGGAGGGCGGCGGCAGCGGCGGCGGCGGAGAGGCCCCGUCUGUGUACGUCAACGGCUGGAACUCGUACUGGCUGAUGGCAGCGGCGGCGUCGCAGGGGCGGCGCGGGAGGGAGACGGUCGCGGAGAUGCUCCGGCGGGGUCGGGACAUGGGGAUGGAGGUCUGCCGGACGUGGGCUUUCAGCGACGGCGGCCGGGGCGGCGGCGCCGCCCUCCAGAUCUCCCCCGGCCGCUUCGACGAGCAAGUCUUCCAGGUGAGUAGCUCACCGCCCUUCUUCAGGGAUGAGUCUCGCCCACAUCAAGAGCCGCCGAUUUCUUCUGUUCUUCCGCAGGCAUUGGACUACGUGAUCUACGAGGCGAGGAGGAACCAGGUGAGGUUGAUUCUCUGUCUCGUCAACAAUCUGGAGGCGUUCGGGGGGAAGGCUCAGUAUAUCAGAUGGGCCCAGGAGGCCGGAGUCAACUUGACUUCCGCCGACGACCCCUUCUUCUCUCAUCCUGUGAUCAGAGGCUUCUAUAAGGAUUACAUCAAGGUACUCGAAAAUUUGAUUUUUCGAGAAAAAAUCAUGAUUUCUGGGCAUGAAUCACAAUUUAUUGACAUGAUCUGCGGUGUGUUCUUUGUCUGUUGCAGGCCAUCUUGAGGAGGAGGAACUCGUACAGCGGCGUUCUAUAUUCAGACGAGCCUGCAAUAUUUGCCUGGGAGCUCAUGAACGAGCCUCGCUGCUCGUCCAACUCGUCGGCUCCUCUUCUCCAAGUUACUGACGAACAUGUUUAAGACCUUUCUUUUCUUUUAUUUUCGAUCUGGGUCUGUGUUCAAUUAGAAAAAACAGUUAUGUGGAGACGAACCUGAGUGUAGUUAUGGUACCCAACAGGCUUGGAUCGCUGAGAUGGCCGCCCACAUCAAGAGCAUUGACCAGAAGCAUCUUGUGACGGUGGGGCUCGAAGGGUUCUACGGGUCCAAGCGGGCUGAAAGGCUGGGAGUCAACCCCGGCGACUGGGCGGGAUCCCUCGGGUCGGACUUCAUACAGAAUUCUGCGGUUCAAAACAUCGACUUUGCUUCAGCCCAUGCAUAUCCUGAUAGCUGGUCAGCGAUAUUAAUUUGGAAAAAAAAUUAAAAUCCUGUUCAUGCCGCUAUUUGGAUUCAUUUAUCCAGUGUUCUUCAGUUGACUUUCUCAAAUGCUCGUGCAGGAUUCCAAAUGCUGGACUGGAGGAGAAGGUGGAAUAUCUCGCCAGCUGGGUCGAUUACCACGUGAAUGAUGGCGAGCGAAUCCUUAAGAAGCCAGUUCUUAUCACAGAGAUUGGGUCUUAUCUGAAGGUCAACGAGCAGGGUCUGUACGAGAGAGAUGUUUUGCUAAAAACAGCCUAUGAUAAGGUAUACAAGUCCGCGGAGAAAGGGCAAGCUGGAGCAGGGGCCUUAAUAUGGCAGUUGAUUCUUGAAGGAAUUGAAGAACAAUAUGGCGAUAAAUUUUCCCUGGUAGCAGAAAAAUACCCUUCAACGGAUAAAUUAAUAAGGCAGCAGUCUUGCAGGUUAAGGUACCUUCUUAGAAGAAAUCAGACAGAUGAUAAACCCGGUUGGCCCUGUUGA